UGCUGUAUAUAAAGCCGAGGAAUUCUUCUCCCCCUCUGCUUGUCACACUGGCCUGCAUGCUCUCCACUGGACUUGUGGCUCCUUGCUGUUGCAUCUGACACAUAAUUGGGAAUAAAGAGGAACAAAAACAAUGCCGGAACCCACCAAAAAAGCCGAUGAAACAGAAGCAGAGACUGCACCACCUCCAGAACAAAAUAAACCUGGGGAGGAUGGAAAUCCACCUAACAAAGACGGGAACGUCAGUGAAAUGACAUCCUCUUCAGAAGAUGAAGAUGACACUUCAACUGCAGGUGGGACUAAUCGAUCAGGAGAGAGAAAGGACUCAGUAUGGUCUACGGGAGAUGGCCCUCAGGAAGAAGGAGAUAAGCAAGACAAUUCACAAAAAUCCCUUUUAUUUGUUGAAAAACCAAAGGGUGGAACAAUUAGUGUCGGACAAAAUAUUACAUUUAUAGCAAAAGUUGAAGCCCAGGAUCUUCUCCGAAAGCCAACUGUUAAGUGGUUCAAAGGGAAAUGGAUGGACCUGGCAAGCAAAGUAGGGAAGCACCUUCAGCUAAAGGAGACAUUUGAGCGCCAAACCAAGAUGUACACAUUCGAGAUGCAAAUCAUUAAAGCUAAGGAAAACUAUGCAGGAAAUUAUAGGUGUGAAGUAACGUAUAAGGAUAAGGUUGAUAGUUGCUCUUUUGAUCUGGAAGUCCAGGAAACUUCAGCUGCACCAUCAAUCGAUAUCCGGUCUGCAUUCAAAAGAAGCGGUGAAGGACAAGAGGAUGCAGGAGAACUUGACUUUAGUGGUCUCCUGAAACGUAGGGAGGUUAAGCAGCAGGAGCCUGAGGAGCCUGAUGUAGAUGUGUGGGAGAUCCUGAAGAGUGCGAGCCCCAAUGACUAUGAGAAAAUUGCCUUUCAGUAUGGAAUCACUGACCUGAGGGGCAUGCUGAAACGUCUGAAGCGCACCCGCAGGGAAGAAAAGAAAAGUGCAGCUUUUGCUAAGAUUCUGGAUCCUGCAUAUCAAGUGGAUAAAGGAGGUAGAGUAAGAUUUUCAGUGGAGCUGGCUGACCCAACGGUGGAACUCAAGUGGUAUAGAAAUGGGCAAGAAAUACGUCCAAGUGGAAAAUACAUAUUUGAGCACAAAGGUAAUGAGAGAAUCUUAUUUGUCAACAACUGCAUGCUCACAGAUGAUGCCCGUUAUCAUGUGACUGCUGGCGAUGAGAAAUGUUCCACAGAACUCUUUGUAAGAGAACCCCCAGUGAUUGUGACCAAAGGCUUAGAAGAUACCAAUGCUUAUAUUGGUGACAAAAUAGAAUUAUCAGUUGAAGUGUCUGAAGAUGAUGCAAAUGUGAAAUGGUUUAAAAAUGGUGUGGAGCUGCCUCUUGAUAGUAAAUCUCGAUACAAAGUGAAGGUUGAGGGUAAAAAACACACUCUAAUCAUUGAGGAAGGAACCAAAUCUGACAAUGCAACUUAUUCAGUGAUGACAACGGGAGGACAAUCAUGUUGUAAACUAAAAGUUGGCUUGAGGCCACUUAAGAUACUACAUCCAUUGGAAGACCAGACUGUGAGGCUUGGCAAAGAGCUCUCCCUGAAAUGUGAGAUCUCUGAGAAUGUAGAAGGGAAGUGGUACAAAAAUGGACAGCUUCUCCAACCCAGUGACCGCAUUAAGAUAUAUCACAAAGGAAGAAUCCAUCGGCUAAUUGUUGAUAAAUCACUCAUUGAGGAUGAUGGAGAGUACAUGUUUGUUCCAGAUGCCUAUAAUGUCAACAUACCCUGCAAAGUGCAUAUUAUAGAUCCUCCUAAAAUCCACCUUGACGGGCUUGGUGAUGGCAAUACAGUGACAGUUGUAGCAGGAACCAAGUUACGUCUUGAAAUUCCUGUCUCUGGAGAGCCUGCUCCGAAGAUUAUGUGGAGCAGAGGGGACAAGUGGCUCAUGGAUCCUGCAGCCAGAAUACGGGCAGAUAAUUACCCAGACAGCAGUUGUUUGGUGAUUGAUUCAGCUGAGAGAGAUGACUCAGGUGUCUACAGAAUAAUGCUAAAGAAUGAGGCAGGAGAAGACACAGCCCACAUCAACAUCAAAGUGGUUGAUAUUCCUGACCCUCCUCCGGCACCUAUUGUGGUUGAUGUAGGAGAAGAUUGGUGCAUUAUGAACUGGGAACCUCCAGUAUAUGAUGGUGGGUCGCCUAUCUUAGGUUACUACAUUGAGAGGAAAAAGAAGCAAAGUUCCAGGUGGAUGAGGCUGAACUUUGACCUUAUUAAAGAAACAACUUUUGAGCCCAAAAAGAUGAUUGAAGGAGUUGCCUAUGAAGUCCGGGUGUUUGCUGUCAAUGCCAUAGGCACUUCGAAACCAAGCGAGCCCUCAAAGCCUUUUGUGCCUUUGGCUGUCACGAGUCCACCCACCUGCCUGGCAGUUGAUUCCGUAACAGAUACUACAGUUACCAUGAAAUGGCGGCCACCAGACCAAAUUGGAGCUGCAGGUUUAGAUGGCUAUGUUAUAGAGUAUUGCUUUGAAGGAAGUCCUCAGGAGCCCACUACAGAGGGCAAGGGAGACAGUGGUGGUGGUACAGAGCAAAAUAAUAGUGAGGAGACAGACGGGGGCUUGAUCAAGACUGAAGAGAAGACACCAAAACCCACGGAAGAAUGGAUUGUGGCCAAUCCAGAACUCACAGACAAAACAAAAUUCACCAUCACUGGCCUCCCAACUGGAUCAAAAAUCUUUGUUCGAGUAAGAGCUGUGAAUGCUGCUGGUGCCAGUGAACCUCGGUUGCAUCCACAGCCAAUUUUAGUCAAGGAAGUGAUAGAACCCCCGAAGAUUCGUCUGCCAAGACACUUAAAGCAAACAUACGUUCGAAGGGUUGGAGAAGCUGUGAAUCUUGUUAUUCCCUUCCAGGGAAGACCAAGACCUAAGGUCUCUUGGAAGAAAAAUGGAGCUCAUGUAGAUAAGAACCAAAUUAACAUCCGCAACAGUGAAAAUGACACAAUCAUCUUCAUCCGAAAGGCAGAGAGGAUCCACUCUGGGAAAUAUGACAUGAAAGUCAAAGUAGACAAUCUGGUGGAUAAAGCCACAAUAGAGAUUCAAAUAGUUGAUCGUCCAGGCCCACCACAAAUUGUAAAAAUUGCAGAUGUCUGGGGAGAGAAUGUUGCUUUGGAAUGGCAGCCGCCCAAGGAUGAUGGCAAUGCAAACAUAACUGGGUACACAAUUCAAAAGGCCGACAAAAAAAGCAUGGAAUGGUUCACCGUCAUUGAACACUACCACCGGACCAGCGCUACCAUUACUGAACUUAUCAUUGGGAAUGAGUAUUUCUUUCGGAUCUUUGCUGAAAAUAUGUGUGGCCUCAGUGAGGAUGCAACAAGGACAAUGGAGAGCGCUGUGAUUGCCAAGGAUGGGAAAGUCUACAAAAACCCAGUUUAUGAGGACUUCAAUUUCAAUGAACCACCAAUGUUUACCCAGCCUUUAGUUAAUACAUAUGCUGUGUCUGGUUACAAUACAACUUUGAACUGCAGCGUCAGAGGAAAUCCCAAGCCCAAGAUCACAUGGAUGAAGAACAAAAUAGUUAUCAUGAAUGACCCCCGGUACAGAAUGUUUGGUAACCAGGGAGUUUGCACCUUGGAGAUCCGCAAGCCCAGCCCCUUUGAUGGUGGCACGUAUACUUGCAAGGCUGUCAACAGUCUGGGUGAGGCAGAAGUUGAAUGCAAAUUGGAAGUUAAAGUGAUAUAUCAUGGCGUAAUUACCCCAGGAGAACCAAUCUUCUCGGCGGGGCAGAAACAGUUACACAGUAAGGAUUUUUGAAUGUAUAGUGUCAUCUAAGGUGGGGUCUCAUUCUUCAGACUACUAUUGCAAGGGGUUCCCCCACAUAUCAUUGACUCCUAUAUGAAAGCAUGCAACCCUGAAGAAAAGUAAAGAGCCUGGCCACAGUGUUUCUCCGCCACUGCACUGGAAACUGGCAGCCAGCACUGCAGCAGUUUAACUCCCACAGCAUGACCUGCUGCAUUGCCCCUUCCCUCUUGCUACUGUUGGAAAGAAAAUUCAUGCAUGGAUUGCUUUUUUCAAGUUGAAAUGUUGAAGUUGAAGCUUACCCACAUGUUUCAAUGAUCCACAUCAUUGUGUUUGUUUUAUUCUCUCUCUUCUCUCUCUAAUGCUGAAAAGCAAAGAAAUGGGAAAAAAGCUAUGCCAAUACGCAUGGGAGCUAAUAUUUGAGUUUGUACUUUAUAUGGCUAGAUAGAUUCUUUUUUUUUGUGAGAAGCAGGUACUGCUAGACCCAGUGGCAGUGCAGUCAGGCCUUGAAACACAUACCUCUUUUGAUAAAUAAUGGAUCUAACACUUUCCUGGGCUGCUAAAAAUGGACUGUUUGGCAUAUGUGAUUUGCAGCGUUUAACAGUUAUUUCAGCGAAAUGUAUCUUCAGUUAUAAGGGUUUCUGUUCAGCUCACUCCUUUGUGAAUCUCUUGGCUACUAAAAGUUUCAUGUAAUGUACAAUAAAGCUGAAGUGUUUAAGAGCUA